UGCGUUUGAGAGUUUGCUUGCAUAGGUUCUUGGGUAAAAUUCUAUCGUCUGUUCUCCUCCAUCUUUUAUUCGAGGACGGGGUCGGCAAAAUGGCUUUGCUCUCACUACGUUUAGCUACAUCUGUGGCAAGGCAUUUUCCUAGUGCGGCCCCACAGGUGGCUAAUCUAACAUGGCCUGCUGCUCAAGUAGCAAGUCGAAAGCUGCACGUUUCUUGCAGCCAGAGGGCAGCUGAAAUAUCUUCCAUCCUUGAAGAGAGAAUUUUGGGUUCUGCGCCCAAGGCAGACUUGGAAGAAACUGGGCGUGUGCUGAGUAUUGGAGAUGGUAUCGCUCGUGUGUAUGGUUUGAAGAAUAUUCAGGCUGAUGAGAUGGUGGAGUUCUCCUCAGGCUUGAAAGGUAUGGCUUUGAACUUGGAGGCUGACAAUGUUGGUGUGGUAGUGUUUGGUAAUGACAAGUUGAUCAAGGAAGGUGAUAUUGUGAAACGAACGGGAGCCAUUGUUGAUGUUCCUGUAGGUGCAGAUCUUCUGGGGCGUGUUGUUGAUGCUCUGGGUAAUCCAAUUGAUGGCAAGGGUCCUUUUAAGUCAGUAACAAGGGCACGAGUUGGUGUGAAGGCACCUGGUAUUAUCCCUCGAAUAUCUGUAAGGGAACCCAUGCAGACAGGCAUAAAGGCUGUGGAUUCAUUGGUGCCCAUUGGCCGAGGACAGCGAGAACUGAUCAUUGGUGACAGGCAGACUGGUAAAACUGCUCUUGCCAUCGAUACAAUUAUCAAUCAGAAACGUUUCAAUGAGGGUGAUGAUGAAAAGAAGAAGCUGUACUGCAUCUAUGUUGCCAUUGGUCAAAAGAGGUCUACUGUGGCCCAGAUCGUAAAGAGGCUUACAGACUCAGGUGCCAUUGGCUACACCAUCAUUGUCUCUGCUACGGCAUCUGAUGCUGCCCCACUGCAGUAUUUGGCACCAUACUCUGGUUGCGCGAUGGGAGAAUUCUUCCGAGAUAAUGGAAAGCAUGCCCUCAUUAUUUAUGAUGACUUGUCAAAGCAGGCUGUUGCAUAUCGACAGAUGUCUCUGCUGCUGCGUCGACCCCCUGGCCGAGAGGCUUAUCCUGGAGAUGUGUUCUACCUCCAUUCUCGACUUUUGGAACGAGCCGCCAAGAUGAAUGAGACCAAUGGAGGUGGUUCCCUCACUGCCCUCCCAGUCAUUGAGACACAGGCUGGUGAUGUAUCAGCAUACAUUCCAACCAAUGUAAUUUCCAUCACAGAUGGACAGAUCUUCUUGGAGACAGAGUUAUUCUACAAGGGCAUUCGUCCAGCCAUCAAUGUCGGUUUGUCUGUAUCCCGAGUAGGGUCUGCUGCACAGACCAGGGCUAUGAAGCAGGUGGCUGGUUCCAUGAAACUGGAAUUGGCUCAGUACCGUGAAGUGGCUGCUUUUGCCCAAUUCGGCUCUGACUUGGAUGCUGCUACCCAGCAGCUUCUGAACCGAGGCGUUCGGCUUACAGAAUUAUUGAAGCAGGGUCAAUAUGUUCCCAUGGCUAUUGAGGAGCAGGUUGCUGUUAUUUAUUGUGGAGUGCGAGGUCACCUAGACAAGCUGGACCCUGCAAAGAUUACAGCUUUUGAGAAGGAGUUCUUGCAGCACAUCAAAACCUCUCACAAGGAUUUGCUGGCAAUUAUAGCAAAGGAGGGCAAGAUUAAUGAAGAUGCUGAUGCUAAACUGAAGAAAAUCGUAUCAGAAUUCCUUAUCAGUUUUACUUCAUAGAGUGACAAAGUAAACUGUAGUUUAUUAUAAGUGGAGACAGGUUGUAAAGUACAUCAAACAGUGAAGGAAGGAAGUGUGUAUGAUUACUGUAUCUGCAUUUGUGAAACUCGCUACUGGAGUGUAUUGAUUCAUAACUGUUAUUGUAAAAGUUCUUAAAAUUCUCAAACAAAUGUACAAUUAAUUGUGCAUGUUGUAUACAACUAGAAAGCCAUUGUAUUUGUACAGUAUAUUGUUGGUUAAGUUGACAGUAUGAAUUCUUUGACUACAAAAAUAAAGUCUAUCCAUCUCCAUAGUUA